GAGGCGGGAGGCGGGGUGGGGUUCGUCCUCCGGUGACAGCAGCGCCCGGAAAUGCGCCGCCGGGAGUGGGCUCUCCGCCCCUCGCGCCCAACCCCUGGCGCUGAGCUACUCCUCGGCGCGCGGGGCCCUGCACUCGGGGUGGCCCGGACGCGCGGCGGGAGCCCCGGGAUCGGAGCGCCAGCGGGCGGGCUCCCGAGCGGGCUGACCUUGGAGGACGGGCCGGGGAGCGGGGCCGGAGCCGUCGCGGGGACGCGAUCCGUGCGUCGGGGGAGCGGAGGCAGGGGCCCGGGCUCGAGGAACCGGGCAGGGCGACCUCGGUGCGCACAUUCCCCGGCCCUGAGCGCGGCGCCCGGAAUAGCAGCCCCGGGGUCGGGGUGAGGACGGCCAGGAUCCUCGCGGCGCUCCCGCCCUGGGCUUCCCAAGGUCACCGGGACAUGGACUCUCAGACACCAGACCGGAGUUCUGGGGAGCCCGGGCCCGCGCGGGGCAGUCCUCCGCCGCAGACCCGCGCGGCAGCGCUCCGCGGCCUCGGGAGGGCGCGCGGGGCCGCCGCCCCUCCGGACCCCGGGCUGGGCGCGCCCCGGGAGGCCGGGUGGAAGUGGCCGCCCUGGGGUCCCCCCGCUCCCCUCCGAGGGCCCCGCCGCUUCCGCUCAUCCUGGAGCGGCCGGGAGAGCCGGGACGCACAGCCAGCGCUCUCCGUCGCCGGGUCCAGGAGAGUGGACACCAUGGGGCUCCUGGAGCCACUGCUCCAGCUCCUGUGGGCAGGGGCUCUCCGUGCGAAGCCGGCGCUGCAUCCGGACUGUCCCCCAGGAGCCGUGCCCUUCCGAGACCUCCAGUGUGCCCUCUACAAUGGCCACCCUGUCCUGGGCCCACAGAAGACUUACCAGUGGGUGCCCUUCUAUGGUGCGCCCAACCAGUGCGACCUCAACUGCCUGGCCGUGGGACAUGCCUUCUACCACAGCUUUGGCCGCGUCCUGGACGGUACUCCCUGCAGCUGGGGUAGCCAGGGACUCUGCGUGGCUGGCCGCUGCCUGAACGCCGGCUGUGACGGUUUGAUGGGCUCGGACGCCCGCGAGGACCACUGCGGUCGCUGCGGCGGCACCAACGACUCGUGCCUCUUCGUGCAGCGCGUGUUCCGUGACACCGGAGCCUUCGCGGGAUACUGGAACGUGACUCUGAUCCCCGAGGGCGCCAGGCACGUCUACGCCGCCCACCGGAGCCGCAACCACCUGGCGCUGAUUGGGGGCGACGGGCGCUACGUGCUCAACGGCAACGGGGAGAUCAGCCCGUCCGGGACGUACGAGGCGGCGGGCACCCGCGUGGUCUACACCCGCGCUGCAGGGCCAGAGGAGACGCUGCGCGCGGCCGGACCCACGUCCCAGGACUUGGUCCUGCAGAUCCCUGCCCACCCUGCCCCGACACCCGUGGUCGUGCCCACCGGCUGCUCCACUAUUGCGGCAGUGACUUUGUGUUCCGGGCUCGAGUGCUGGGCCACCUCCGCCAGGCCCAGGAGACCCGCUAUGAGGUGCGUGUGCAGCUUGUCUACAAGAACCGCUCGCCGCUGCAGUCCCUCGAGUAUGUGUGGGCCCCUGGCCGCUGCCCCUGCCCACCAAUGGCCCUCCAUCGAGAGUACCUGCUGGCCGCCCAGCGCCUUGUCAGCCCCGAUGGCACUCAGGACCGGCUGCUGCUGCCCCAUGCUGGCUACGCCCGGCCCUGGAGCCCCGCCGAGGACAGCCGUGUACGCCUGGCUGCCAGGCACUGCCCUGUCUGAGCCCCCAGACAAGGCCGCACCACACACAGCAAGAAAGACGUGCCUGACCAGGCUCAAACUCAACCUCUUUCCUCUCUUGCCUGGCUUCCAAGGAUCUCAGAACUGUCUCCCACCACAGCUCUGUACCUCUCCCUCAUACACACUUAUACACCUUUGUGUACAGUCAGUCAGAUCCACUUGCACUGUAGGCAGGCGCUGAUGAGAACACACUGAAUUGCUUCUUUAACUCUGAUUUCUUAUCUCUAUGAGUUUCCUGACUGCCAGGAAACUCAUAGCUACCUUUUACUCAAAAACUUUGUGUCUCCUUGUAUUCCCCUUGCCAAACACUCACUUGCUUAGACACACUUUCACAAGCAAGCAGUACCCAUAGGAAGACAUGCCUAAGGAGACAUUGUAAAGACAGUUUCCCCGCUUGCCUUGGCCACCAGGAAGCUCAUCACUGUUUAACUCCCUGAAACUGUGCUCUCUCUUCUUGCUGCCACUUACCCAUACACCAAAAUGUAUUCAGAGACAGUGCCACAAACAGACAUACUCGCUAGAAAACAUGCCUAACUAGGCACAGUAACACCCUCAUUUCCCCCUUUGUGCUGACUCCCAGGAGGCUCAGAGACCAUCUUUUCUCUUUCAGUUUUGUAUUGAUUUCAGGUGUACAGCUUAGUGGUUAGUGCUCCCUUUGAUAUUUUCAGUACCCAAUUACCAUUAUACAUAGUUAUAAUAUUAUUAACUAUAUUCCCUAUGGUUUACUUUAUAACCCCAUGACUAUUCAAAGAUAAUUUUAACAGCCUCAGUAAUUCUACAAGGGUUUCUUGCAAUCCACGCUGCUGUUCACCCCUUUUAUAUUUCUACUUAAUUUUUACAAGCAGUUUUUUUAAAACAAGGGCACACUCGGCCACAGAAAUGUGAGGAUGCACUGGUAGUCGGAUCCACACCUGUGCUCUCACAGCGUGCACACAUGUGAUCUCUCAAACCACAUCCCCUCCACCUGGUCCAUUCCCCUCCUCCCCUCAGAAUGUCUGACACUUUGUGGGAGGUGAGGACAGGGAAUAUAUGAGGGGGGGGGGGUGAGUAUAGGGUAGACAUGGCUUUUAUAGGUCCCAUGCCUCCUUGGAGGCCACACAUUCACCUCAGGCCUCCCCAGCAAAGGAAGCAGUCAGAGCCCCGCCCUCAGGCUAUCCUCAUCUCCCUGCGUUGGCACAGAUAGAUUCUCUUUGUUUAUUCUUCUGGAGCAAGAGCGCAGGCAACAGUCAUGUGAGAAUGAGGGUGUGUGGGAGUGGAGUGGCUCAGCAAACCCUCCCACUCUGGGUGGGGGCGCCGUCUUCCGCCUCCCCAUUCUGGAUGGAGUGAUCCACACUCUCAUUUUGGGACGAUCUGCUCUUCUGUGUUUUGCCCGGUAGCAUGGAUACUGGCAGUGGGCAAGGGGCACACAAUGUGCAGGUCUCAGAGCCGGAUGGGCCUGAGGCCAGACUGCUCCGCUCUCCUGGCCUUACUUUCCCAUCUGUGGGAAUCCUUUCAGCCCUGGCUCUGACCGUGGGAAUCACACUCUUCUGGAUUCCCUCCCUGGCCCCUCAGCUCACUCAUGCAUUCCUCCAAUGGGUAUUUAUUGAGUGCCUACUGUAUGCCAGGGCCCAGCAGUGCUUACACCAUCCCAGGCCUGGCUCUGUCAUCUGCAAUGAGUGCAGAAGCUGGAGAAACCUCAGAGUUCCAAUUCUCGUGGGCAGAGUGGGGUGCGGUCCUGGAGGGAGGUGUGGGGCCUGGGCGCCCACUGGUGGCAGGAUGGGGUAAAGGUAGUCAAGGCACUGAUUACCUGCAGUUCUGAAGGGCCCUAUGCUUAUGUAUCUCCUCCACACCCGCUUCUCUCUUCUGCACUUGCCUUCCUCAGGAAUGCCUCUCCCCACCCACCAGCCUUACACCAGCUCCCACUUACGGCUCCAUUCUUCCCACCAUUAGCCUGAGGUUAUCCCCUCAGCCUCCAUGCCGUAUGGGGAUAUGUCUGGGAAUGAGAGACUCAGGCUUUAGCCCAAGAGCUCCUAAUCCCCAAUCACCUGGGCUCCUAGGCAGGGCGAGCACCGAGUCUCCUCCCGAGCGCCUCCGCCAGGCAGGAUGGCCUGUGGCCACCGAGCAGUGACUUUCCCAGCCCCUUCACAGCUCCUCGUGCAAUGAUCUUGUAACACUGCCCCGUAAACAUCACAUGGUUUAGAUUUGCUCUGUAGUUUUAAAGCAGUCUAGCCAUUUAAAGAGAGAAGAAAACAUUGCAAUUCUAAAGAUGUUCAAAUUCAACAGCAUGGUGGUUCAGGAAGGCACUACUGUUUGUACUUUGCCGUUUUACAUGGAAAUCCUAAUAACUCCAGGUGGUUACAUAGAAUGAUAGAAACAAGGUGAAUUGUUCUGUUUUUCCCUCUCCACAGCCCCCAGCCCCUUUUCAUUCGUUACUGUGUCCCCUCUGGCUUAGACGCACACGCUGCCCGGAGUGACAGCAAAGGGGUGCAGGCAGGACCCUCCUCUUGAAGCAGCACAGGUGGCACAUCCUUGCUUGUCCAGAACUGGUUAUUCUCCAAAUUGACUUCCCACAGAUGGUGAUGUUUAUUAAAAGAUGAAUUAAAACA